AUGGAGUAUGAAUUCCGUUCGGGUGGAAAGACUCCCAAAUACGAUUUACUGAAAAUUGGAAGAGGUCUUGGGUAUGAUGUUGACAUUUCUCAAGUUGAGCAACGUUUGGAAAUUAGGUGUAAAAAUCCUGAGAGUGGACUGGAGCUUGUUACAUCAAAUGCUACAGUGGUUGAAAUGGUUGGUCACAUACCAUCCAAUAAGGUUGUUGUGUUAUACUAUAGUGAGAUUGAAGACUAUGAGUAUGAUGCAGAUGCAGAGAAUUGUGAUGGGGAUUUGCCUCAGAAUUACCAAGUCAACGAGGUGGAUUAUAUUGAAGUUGAAGAUGAGGAGACUUUUGAGAAUGUUGGGACAAAAGUGGCAAAUGAAGAUGUUGUCAAAGAGGUACCAAAUGAAGAUGCAGGGGCACAUUUCACUAUUGAUAAUGAAGAGGCAGAAUUUCCAAAUGAAAAUAUAGGGGCACGUGUGACAAUUGAUAAUGAAGGGGCAGAUUUGCCAAAUGAAGAUGAAGAUACAGAUUUAGAAAUUAAAGACAGUGAUUAUGAGUUCAGUGAAAAUGAGGCAGAGGCUAGGCUAACUGUUGGAGAGAAUGUAGCAGAUGAGAGGACUAGUCAUGGUGCUCCAGGAGAGGUGUCAUCAGAUGGUGCUGACAUGUCAGAAUUUGACAGUGGAAGUGAGACUGAUUCUGAGGGUAAUGGUAGAAAAAAGAUAAAAAUGCCAAAGUUUAAGCAGUAUAGAAGAGAUGUGGAUUUGAAAAAUCCUGAGUUUAGAUUGGGAAUGAAGUUUGCAAACAAAAACUAUUGA